GUGGAUUUACUUAAAUGAGAUGCCUGCACAAUUCAUCGAUUUGACAGGGCUUACUUGAAAACUGAGGAAGGACAACUAUUAAGCUUGCCCUGUGAGGCCUAUGAAAUGGAGGCCUUCAACGUCACUGCCAACAAGUCCCUGUCUGUGAAUGGAACAGACCACCCGGCCAUGAGCCUUGGCACCAUGGUGGAGAUGGCCUUCAUUAUCCUCGGGCUGGGCUCUCUGAGCCUGGUGACAAUCAUUGGCAACGUCUUGGUCAUUGUCUCCAUCAAAGUCAACAGGAAUCUCCAGACAGUCAACAACUACUUCCUGUUUAGCUUGGCCUGCGCGGACGUCAUCAUUGGCCUGUUUUCCAUGAACCUCUACACAGUUUACAUAGUGGUUGGCUACUGGCCACUCGGCCCGGUCGUGUGCGACCUGUGGCUGGCUCUUGACUACGUCAUGAGCAACGCCUCGGUUAUGAACCUGCUGAUCAUCAGCUUCGACCGCUACUUCUGCGUCACCAAACCGCUCAGCUACCCGGUCAAUCGCACCACCAAGAUGGCGGGCAUGAUGAUCGCCGCGGCGUGGAUCCUCUCCUUCGUCCUGUGGGCGCCGGCCAUCCUCUUCUGGCAGUUCAUCGUGGGCGAGCGGACGGUUCCGGAAGGGGAAUGCUACAUCCAGUUCUUCUCCAACGCCGCAGUGACCUUUGGCACGGCCAUCGCCGCCUUCUAUGUGCCCGUCAUCACCAUGAUCGUGCUGUACUGGCACAUCUCCAAGGCCAGCCGCAGCCGCGUCAGGAGGGAGAGCCGGAGGAUAUCCAGCGACAGCCAGGACAACUACAAGGCAGGUGCCCUCAGCCCAGGAGGAGGAGGAGGAGGAGGAGGGGGAGGAGGCAAGCAGUUCAGGAGGAAAGGGAGCAAAGGUGGGCACAAGGCAGCAGGUGUAGGAGGCCCACAUGCACAGACGCUCAUGUUGGAUGCUGCGGCUGAAGACCCCACCACCGGGGAAGAUCAGGAGACCGAGAAUGACUCCACCUCAGGCAGCGUGCUCGCCUCGUCCAAUCAGAAAGAGGAAGAGGGAGGAAGAGCGGAUCGUGCCGGCAGCAACGGAAACGCCCAGUCGGAGCAGGCCAAUCAGCAGCAGCAUCUGCACCCGAGCCAGAGCAAGCUCAGAUCCAGCUGGUCCAAACUCACCUGCAUCCGACUGCCAUCCCAACCACCACCAGCAACUACAGGCGAUGACAGCUACACACCUGUUAGUGAUGUGACGUUUUGUGAUGAGUCCCUUACCAGGGGGCCAAGUACAGUUCCUCAGAGGAUCGUACAGUGUGCUCUCCAGGCGUCGCCCAAAAAGAGGAAGCGCAGAAGCGCCCCGUCGCGCGAGAAGAAGGUGACGCGGACCAUUAUGGCCAUCCUGGUGGCCUUCGUGGCCACGUGGACGCCGUAUAAUGUCAUGGUGCUCAUCAACACUUUCUGCAGCAGCUGCAUACCAAACUCCAUGUGGACAUUUGGCUACUGGCUCUGCUAUAUCAAUAGCACAGUGAACCCAGCCUGCUACGCCUUGUGCAAUGUCACCUUCAAAAACACCUUCAAACAGCUGCUGCUGUGCCGAUACAAAAACAUUCGCUCGUUUAAAUGA